AUGUCGUCCUCAUCCAAGGCGUACGAGAUCGUCGUCUGGGGCGCAACCGGGUUCACCGGCCAGCUCGUGGCUCAGUACCUCUCUACCUCCCCGACCGCGGAGGGCCUUAAAUGGGCCGUGGCAGGUCGCUCCAAGGCCAAGCUCGAGCAACGCAUGCAAGAGGUGGGCGUCGAUGUACCUGUCAUCAUCGCUGAUGCUGGGGAUGCCGGGAGUCUCGAUGAGCUCUGCAAGCAGACUCUCUGCAUCAUUUCGCUGGUGAGUGCGAGACUGUGAUCUGGUCGUGCUCGAUGACGAUGCACGCCAGCGAUGCACCCGACGUGCACUCCGGCUUCUGACACACAAUCCCAAUCCUUCACAAACGACAGGUCGGGCCUUACUCCCGAUACGGUGAACCUCUUGUCAAGGCAUGCGCCGAGAAUGGCGUCCACUACGUCGACCUGACGGGAGAAGCUCCUUUCGUUGCACGAAUGGUCAAAAAUCACGGUCGAGCAGCCGUCUCGACCAAAGCCAUCAUCAUCCAUGCGUGCGGUUACGACUCGGUCCCUUCGGAUCUAUGCGCCUACUUGGCUGCACAACGACUCAAGGCCGCGGGUGCCGAGGUUGGUCCCGUUCGAGGGAUCGCCAGUUUCAAAGGUGGCAUGUCGGGGGGUACGUUUGCGUCCAUGUUGGACAUCAUCAAGGCCCCAAAGGAGGACAAGAAGAUUGCGAUGAACCCGUAUGGUCUAUCGCCCAUUCGGGGUCAACACAAGCCUGGAGCCGUCAUCGCAAAGAGUACUACUCUCAACGGCCGUCGCCACUGGGGCGCUUUCUGGAUCAUGGUGAGUCCAAUCCAGUUGCUAUCGACUUGUGUGUGUUGUUGAGAUAGCAAUUGUCAUUUUCGACGCCACAGGGUCCCUUCAACUCUGCCAUCGUUCGUCGUUCAUGGGGAAUUCUCCAAGGCGCCUCGGACUCAUCCUCUCGCGUGUUCUCGUACGGGUCCAACUUCUCCUACGACGAAUGGAUGGGCGUAGCCAACCCCCUCUUGGGUCUCCUCGUCUCGCUCACUCUCUUUGUUGUCUUCGGGAUCCUCAUCUUCGUCCCUCCGAUCCGCUGGUUGGCCGAAAAAUACGGUCCUCAGUCCGGCGAUGGUCCGAGUGAGAAGACGCAAAAAACAGGUUGGUUCAAGUUGUUGACGAUCGCCAAGUCGACAGACGGGAAGCAAGAGGUGGCAGUGACGAUGAAGGGUAAAGGCGAUCCGGGGUAUGCGGCGACGUCAAAGAUGAUUUCGGGUGAGACUCGGAGGCUCUCUCGGGCAUUGCUUUUAGUUCGGAUCAGGAGCCGGCUCUGAGGGCGAGAUGGUUUAA